AGUUGUUUGGGUUUGAAUCCCCAGAUUCUGCCAUAGCACGGCGGAGCUAUCUUUAUCUCAAUCUCUCUCUUGCAAUGCUCAGUAUUUCCGAUUUGCAUAUGAUAAUGUGGACGGACACAUUAUCUGUCAGCCCACGUUUUAUCGAGUUUACGACAAAUGGAAGUGCCGUUAAUCAUUUAUAAAAUCUGGAUCUGAAACCUUUUCUUCGAAAUUUAUUCUCUAGGCAUCUGAAAGAUAUGAAAUCUUCAACGAUUGUGGAUUAGUGGGUGAAAGAAAUGGGAUCGAGUACCAGCAAAGCUAUUGAUCCUGAAGCGGCGGUGACGCCGGUCGAGCGGCGGAGUUAUUCAAGAAAUGUGUUCCAAUCUUCGUGUAUUCGACCGGCAUCUGGAUCUUCGGAUGGCAGUGAAAUUGAUGAUGAGGAGGUCAUUGAUGACGAACAGGUAUCUGAUCAUCGAGCCAAAGAAAGUGGUAUUGAGGGCAAUCGUUCAAACAUGAGUACAUCAAAGUCAAAAGGUAAAACAGAGCGAAACAAAGAUGUCAAAAUGAAACGAACUGAUAAAAGGGCUUCUGAAACACAGCUUGGUGAAUGGGGUGAAUCGAGCCUGAGUGGUAUAGCAUCCAGAAACGGCAGCAGUUCUUCCCGCAACCGUUCAAACCGCUUCCUUUCUCGCUUUAGUUUGUUUCCUGGUAGUAUAAGCUCACGUUCCUCAAGGGCGUAUCCUGAAUCUUCUUCAAGUUCUAUCAUAUCAAAUGAUGACGAUCUUCACUCCAAUCGUUUUGGCAAUAGAACUAAAACCCGUCAAGGUUGUGAGCUAUUUCCAUCGUGUUUCUUGCCAAUGUCUCCUGGACCACGGGGUCAUGAUUCUGAUUCAGAUUCUGAUAAUAGUGAUGUAAGUUCUAUCCAUGAAUUGGGCAAUAAUAAUAACAACGGAGUGGAAUCUAAUGGGAACCUAUUUUCUCCAAGAAAUGCUUCUGGUUAUGGUGGCAUAGAGACUAGAAAUGUUGAUAGGCGAAAUGGUGCCCGAGAGCCUGUUGAACAAAAUGUCAGAUUUAGCAGAACUUUAAGUGUUGGAAGACUUCGUGAUAGAGUUCUUCAUAGACCAACAUUUCCUGAAUUAGCAUAUUUGAAUUUCCAACCAGAAAUGGAAGUGGUAACUGGUAGUGAAGCUCGUGAAACAGGAUCACAUUUGUCUAAUGAGAAUGCGAUGGUAUCCACAACUUCUACUUACUCUUCGUCCACCAUCUCCAACUCCUUGUAUGGGAAUCAAGAUUCCGAAGUUCGAAAUAUGGGUCCUAGAGAAAUCAGAUAUAAUAGCCUCCUGGAACAUAGGUCAAAUUUUCUUGAACGAAGAAGAAGAAUAAGAUCGCAGGUACAUGCAUUACAGAGGAUGGGAGGUCGUUUUGAGAAUCUUUCUGGUCAUGAAAGGUCUUGCAUAAUGUCUGGUCAACAUUUUACAGGACACUGCUCAUGCCAUCUCAAUAAUCAAGAUCCAAAUGAUGGGGCCAAUGGUAGGGGAAGCAUAUCAAGAAUUGUUUUGUUGGCCGAAGCUCUCUUUGAGGUUUUGGAUGAAAUUCACCAGCAAUCUGUAGUUUCUUCAUCCCGACCUGCACUGUCUUCCAUCGGAUCAGUUCCUGCUCCUGUUGAAGCUGUGGAAGCACUUCCAGUUAAAAUGUACCACAAGUUGCCAAUGCAUUUAACCGAAGAAGAUGCACAAUGUUAUAUUUGCCUUGUGGAAUACGAGGAUGGGGAUGAAGUACGAGUCCUUCCUUGCCAUCAUGAGUUCCAUAGAUUAUGCAUCGACAAAUGGCUCAAGGAAAUUCACAGGAUUUGCCCAUUGUGUCGUGGCGACAUUUGCAAAUCCGGCCCAUUGACAGCUGAGAGCUCACACUUAUGAGGACCCGUUUCGCUUGUGGACCCGUGCGUGGAAUUUGAGACGGCGGAAAGCUAAAACCUUGAUCUUUAUCGUUCUAAUCAUCCUCCGGGGUUUGGGUUGUUUUCUAUUGGAUCGGUAGUUUGUGUUCGAGUUUCUAGAAAGGGACGAAACUUUUGAUGCCAAGCAUUUCGCUGCCAGAAUUCUUGAAGAAUAAGAGAAAAAAAAACGAGAUUUGAGUUUGCUUCUCUUGUAGAAACGUUAACGAAGAUCUCGGUGUAUUCGGUUGAUUCUUUACUCUUAAUGUUAAACUGCUACUUUCUUUGUUUGUCUUUUGGUCACGUUAGCAGCCUUGCUUUUGGCAAGAGAAAAAAAUGAUCAAUGAUUGUGAAAUGAAACAGUGAUUGUUUGACUUUUAGGUCAAUAUGACCAAUUUUGACU